AAACUUGCUGCGGAACCUUUGGGUCUUCUCUGGACUUCACAUCGGACUUAUUUUCACCCGGCACCCAACUACCUUGGCUGAGAACCUUCUUUAGCUGAUAAUUUGAUCAAUUAUUACAUUGUGGUUUUCUUCAUCGAUGCCACUGAAAGAUCAAUCUAACUCGACCGUCGUCAUGAAGCCAGCAGUGGAUGAGAUGUUUCCUGAAGGCGCGGGGCCGUACGUUGAUCUGGACGAGGCUGGGGGAAGCACAGGACUGCUGAUGGACUUGGCUGCCAAUGAAAAGGCAGUUCACCCUGACUUCUUCAAUGAUUUUGAGGAUCUGUUUGAUGAUGAUGACAUCCAGUGAGAGAGAGAAGCGCGUCUUCGGAGUAAUGAUGGAUUAUAUUCACAGCACUCCACACCUUUCUUUUCGGGUGGAAAGCAAACCAACCAUUUACCUUCUAAUGACAUACUAUUUCCUUUCAUAGUUCUCCUAGUUCCAGGCUUUAAAAAAAAAAACAUCCUUAAAAGUUGGCUCCAGAUGUUGUGAAAUUCUUAAGAUCCCAAGGAUUCCUGCAGAUAUGUUAAACAGGUAUGUUAAAAUUAUGAGCUUGUAUCGUGCUCAUGUCUUCCACUGCUUCUCAACUGGAUUGCAGGUUUCAGUGUGCUGGAGAACACCUGUUAUGAGCGUAAUUACACAUGUGAUGGGCAGCGGCUCGAUGUGCUGUCGCCUGUAAGCAUGCUGCAGAUGGCAUGUGAUGAAUGAUGGUCUGCUAAAAAUGGCUUAAAUUAUUUGUAUGAGAAUGUGUGAUAGUCGGCUGUGUGUUUUGUUUUCAUAUCUGCAGUGUGUCCUGUUACAGCAAGAGUUUGCACAUAUGUGUACUUUAGUUAUAAAUCCACACCUUUUUUGUGUUUGAAAAUCAAUAAAUAGCAUUUGUUUAUGGGAA